AUGAUGAACAUUAACUUGUAUAGAAGAAGACGUUUAAGGUCGACACAAGCCAUUCUUACCCGAGUUCAAAUUCGAGAUUUGGGACGAAAAAUUGGCUACACUUCAUUUCGGCAAUCCGUUGAGUUUCUCAUGGACCCUUUAAAUUACUUUAAAUUGAGCAAGAUAAAAAUGGCAGAUAUCCACCAAUAUCUUUUAGAACAAGGGAUCACACAAGAAAAAUGCCCUAGUACGCAUAUUCGACAAGGAGAUCAUAGUCGUCUCUUGAUCUCUAUUUUAUUCCCUGGUUAUCCCAUUAUUAAAGCCAGUGAACAUCAUUACCGAGACUUGAGAGAAAACCGCUCGUUGCAGGCCAAAGUGACAGAUUUAGCUUAUGAUCAAUUACCUACCACCGAUAAAUUCGAACGUUUAGAAGAACUCUUUAAAUCUAGUGUUGAUUGGCACCAACGUCAGCAAGAUGAAUACACCAUUGAUAUUCCGUUAAAAAAACUUAACAGAUCGAUUGUAGUGGAAGGUCAUGCUUCUUCUAAACUCAAUGUGCGACUCUUUUUGUACCUCUGGUCCUCUGAACAUAUGGCAUGGAAGCCACAGGCACUCUCUCUUUCUGUCGAUGGAAAAGAAUGCAUAACCGAUGACCAAAGAAAGAUUAAUGACUACGGGUUUAGUCAUAUCGAUAUUACCGAUGCUUCCGACUCCAUCCUCAAGGCCAAUCGUCGAAGUACCUCCUCGAUAUCCUUUGUCUUCAAGUUUGAAAAAAGGCCAACCACUCAUCAUGUUUCCGUGUGUGCAGUGGUUGAGAAAUCACCUGAGGAAUUAUGCAGCCAAUUGUAUUUACAGACUGCUUCCUUGUAUAUUGGACAAGCCAUGGAGAGUUCCAGUAAAAAUAUUCCUGCUGCUCAAAGUGUCCAGAAAAAAGUAGUGGAGCUUUUGAACCCACUGAACCAAAAUGAUAGAUUGGAAUUAGAUAAAACCGAGAAGCUCCUUCUUUCUUGUGCUGAGAGUUUCUUGACUGCUUGGAAUAAUCCUGAACCAGAAGAUGACGAUAAUGUAGAAGUGUACACAGGCGGAGAAUAUGUCUCGGUAUCCGAUCCCAUCAUGCUGACACGUAUUGAACAUCCUGCAAGAUGCAUCUUUUGUACACAUAAUACCACAUUUGACGCCAAGGUAUUUUUUAAAUUCCAGGUCACUUCCAUGAAUUGGAGGUGUCCCAUUUGUCUUGUCAAGAUCCGCGGUAUCCAAGAUCUCUACAUUGACUAUCAAACAAAAGUGGCCUUACAAAAAUAUCCAGAUGAGGAAAGGUUCUUGUUGGAAAAGGAUGAGGUGUAUUUACCUAUUCCUGCACUAGAUCCAUUACCCAUUGUGAAUGAUAUCCCAAAAAAGAGAGAUCCUGUUGAAAUUAUCUCUAUUCACGAUGAUGAAGAACAAGCAGCUCCUAAACGACAAAAAACCAAUAUAGAUGAAUUGUAAUAAAUAGAAUAUUGUAUCACACCUGAAAUCCGUGCUCAUGCAUAUAUAAUAAUCGUAUCAGCGAGGGUCAUCCAGCUCAGUUCAUUUUAUUUUCAUGCACG